AUGAGUCAACAACAACCGCCACAACAACCGCCACAACAACCGCCACAACAACCGCCACAACAACCGCCACAACAACCGCCACAACAACCGCCACAACAACCGCCACAACAACCGCCACAACAACCGCCACAACAACCGCCACAACAACCGCCACAACAGCAACAACAACCGCCACAACAGCAACAACAACCGCCACAACAGCAACAACAACCGCCACAACAGCAACAACAACCGCCACAACAGCAACAACAACCGCCGCAACAGCAACAACAACCGCCACAACAGCAACAACAACCGCCACAACAGCAACAACAACCGCCACAACAGCAACAACAACCGCCACAACAGCAACAACAACCGCCACAACCACAACAACCGCCACAACCACAACAACCGCCACAACCACAACAACCGCCACAACCACAACAACCGCCACAGCCACAACCACAACAACAGCCACAACCACAGCCACAACCACAACAACAGCCACAGCCACAACCACAACAACAGCCACAACCACAACAACAGCCACAGCCACAACCACAACCACAGCCACAGCCACAACAACAACAGCCACAACCACAACCACAACCACAGCCACAGCCACAACAACAACAGCCACAACCACAACCACAACAACAACAGCCACAGCCACAACCACAACCACAACAACAACAGCCACAGCCACAACCACAACAACAGCCACAACCACAACAACAACAACAGCCACAACCACAACCACAACAGCCACAACCACAACCACAACAACAGCCACAGCCACAACCACAACAACAACAGCCACAACCACAACAACAACAACCACAACAACAACAACAACAGCAACAACAACAACCACAACCACAACAACCACAAAACAACAAUAGCCACAACAACAACAAUAGCCACAACAACAACAAUAGCCACAACAACAACAAUAGCCACAACAACAACAAUAGCCACAACAACAACAAUAGCCACAACAACAACAAUAGCCACAACAACAACAAUAGCCACAACAACAACAGCCACAGCCACAGCCACAACAACAACAACAACAGCCACAACAACAACAACAACACACAACAACAACAACAACAACAGCCACAACAACAACAACAACAACAAUAGCCACAACACAACAACAACAACAAUAGCCACAACAACAACAACAACAACAAUAGCCACAACAACAACAACAAUAGCCACAACAACAACAACAACAACAAUAGCCACAACAACAACAACAACAACAAUAGCCACAACAACAACAACAACAAUAGCCACAACAACAACAACAACAAUAGCCACAACAACAACAACAACAAUAGCCACAACAACAACAACAACAAUAGCCACAACAACAACAACAACAAUAGCCACAACAACAACAAUAGCCACAACAACAACAAUAGCCACAACAACAACAAUAGCCACAACAACAACAAUAGCCACAACAACAACAAUAGCCACAACAACAACAAUAGCCACAACAACAACAAUAGCCACAACAACAACAACAACAACAACAACAAUAGCCACCACAGCCACAGCCACAACUACAACAGCCACAACAGCCACAACAACAACAACAACAACAGCCACUACAACAGCCACAACAGCCACAGCCACAACAACAACAACAGCCACAACUACAACAGCCACAACUACAACAGCCACAACCACUACUACCACCACCAAUACGGCGUGUCCAUUUCAAUACGUAUCGAAAGUAUCCGCAAACUGGACACAUCACAUGACAAGGGCAAGAACGGGAAAUCAGUUCCAAGUAAAUGA